GGUCCAGGCGGGCGGCGACCUGACGGCUGGGAGCCCGGCAGCCGGUGCGGCGGGAGCGAGCCGGGCGGGGAGCGGAGGCCCCGCACCGACUCUCCUCGCCCCACCGGGUAGCCGUGCCCCGGCCCGCAACUCCCGCCGUCGCCCCAGGGCCACGCCACGCUGCACGUGCCGCCCGCUCCGUCAGUCCGCCCGUUUGUCCGUCCGCCGAGAUGAGCGAGGUGAGCGGCCCUGCGCUCCCGGUGCGGAGACGAGAGCUCAACACCAAAACGUCCCCAGCAGCCAACCAGGCACCUGGCCCGGAGGAAAAGGGGGAAGCUGGCAACGCCAAGAAGGCGGAGGGGGAGGAGGAGGAGGUGGACAUCGACCUGUCAGCGCCAGAGACAGAGAAGGCUGCCCUGGCCAUUCAGGGCAAGUUCCGGCGAUUCCAGAAGAGGAGAAAGGACCCCAGCUCCUGAAUGCCGCCUCGCCCUCCCCACCCCACACUCCACAGCUCCGACUUCCCUGUACCUUUGUCUCCCUGUCCCUCUCUCUCCCAGGGUGGGAAUGUCUGGCCCUCGAGCCGAGUGCGGUCCACAAAAUCAAUUAUUCGGUCUGGCCCUGCCCAGGCAGCGGGCGAGUUAAAUGUUUGACCAAAUACAGCGGUAAUGUUUCCGUUGA